AAAAAUCUCUGACUUUUCUUCAGGGUAUACGAUAGUGUAUCGUUUUGUAUUUCAAGGUCUUCAUCAGCUGUGUCAAAUUGUGUUAAUGCAUUCAACCGUUCGUAGCUCAAAGUCAUGUCAAUUUAAAAAGACAGAAACCACGAAGAAGUAUAGAAGUUUCAUCAAAACUACAUACAAACGCAUGCAAUCAAGUUCACUAUCAGAAUAAAAGAUUCUUUUCCAUAUCAAAGAACAAGCUAAGAAUCCUUUGUUUCAAUGUCUUAUUAGCUACGCACCGGCCGCAUCACUUUUUGUUCUUUUUCUUGGAAAACAAGUUUUGUUGCCCUUCUUGAUGAUGAUGAUGACGGAGAUGGACCUAUGUAUGAUACUGGUGGCCUUCAAGCAUUUCUAAAGAACAAAACCGCAAAAGGAAUUCUUUUUUUUCAAUUAUUCUGUGGCAACGAGUAUAUAAGGGAAGAAUAAUCCCUUCUAGGAUCAUAGUUCAGUUUAAUCACCAGGACAAGUAACAUCACCACUUUCAAUAUGUUCAAAGCAAUCUUACUCGCAUGCCUUUUGGCCAUCGCUACUGCCAAUCCAGUACUCUAUCAAGCAGCCUACCAACCAGCCUACCAACCAGCCUAUUAUGCCGGUGUGUCUCCCAACCUGCCAAUUGCCCUUCCAUUAGCCUAUGCCAAGCUGAGUGCACCGGCUGCAUCAGAAACAUACAACAGUGUGGCAACAGCCAACUCAUUCCAGCAACAAUACAGAUCUGAUUACAAACCAUUGACCUAUUCCGCUGGCUUGAUUUACUAAACUCACAUCACAACGCUACAACGAACAGAACGCACACAGAACACACAUGACAACGUGUAUAGUGAAUAUAUUGGUAAUGUGACACCUAUACCAUUACACUAUUGUGGAAUAAAACAGAAACUGAUUUGAUGAGUUACAUAAA